UCCUACAUCUUGAACAAGCUUGAUAUGUGGGUUUGAGAGUUUCAAAGUUCUGAACAUCGAAACCAGAAAAGAACAUAAUAAUUAAUCAAUAGAAAAAAGACUGACCCGUGAUAAACAAAACCUCGACCAUGAACUUCCCCGUCGAGGGAGACGAAGAGACACCGCUGCUCCGCAGCACCACGAGCCCGCGAGAGCUCUCCUCGGCCCCGCGCUAUGACGACGACGACGACGACGACAACGCGCUCUCCCCGACCAAGACGGCGGGCCUCGUGCUCGCGCCGCCGCUGCUACCGCCGCCGCCGCCCGGAGUUGGCCAAGCGCCCGGCCGGUCCGUGGAGGACGACGUGGUGCCGGAGACGGCGGUGCUGGGGCGCAACCUGGGGUGGAGCAGCGCGUACAUCCUGAUCGUGUCGCGGGUGAUCGGGAGCGGCAUCUUCGCGACGCCGGGGGCCAUCUUGGGCGCCGUCGGGAGCGUCGGCCUGAGCCUGCUGCUCUGGCUCGCCGGCGCCCUCGUCAGCUGGUGCGCCCUCGUCGUCGCGCUCGAGUACGGCUGCAUGCUGCCGCGCUCCGGCGGCCAGAAGGUCUACCUCGAGUUCACCUACCGCCGCCCCCGCCUCCUCGCCUCCUUCCUCGUCGCCGUCCACGCCCUCCUCCUCGGCUUCACCGCCAGCAACUGCAUCGUCUUUGGCGAGUACCUGCUCUUCGCCCUGGGAAAGAGGGAGGAGGGGCCGAGCGGCACCGCGCCGGCGGCGGCGGCGGCGGGGGAAGAGGGCGCGGCUGCCGGCCGCCCCGUGCAGGUGCGCCUUUUGGCUAUUGGUCUCAUGACGGCCAUCACCGUCCUCCACGGCGGUUUCAUGCGGGCGGGCAUCGCGGUGCAGAACGUGCUGGGCUGGGUCAAGAUCGGCCUGGUGCUGCUCAUGACCGUCUCCGCGGGCGUCGUCGUCGUGACGCGGUACGCACCCGGCGAGCCCGGCGUGGUCGUCCCGGGCGGCGGCGGUGGCGGCCUGGACUCGUCCGAGCUCGGGCCCCGCGCCUUUCCCACGACGUGGGACGGCUUCUGGGAAGGGUCCGUAUGGAACUGGAGCAUCAUAAGCGCGGCCCUCUUCAAGGUCUUCUACAGCUACGCCGGCCUGGCCAGCGUCAAUAACGUCAUGAACGAGGUCCGCGAUCCCGUGCGGACGCUCCGCUCGGCGGCCCCCACGGCCCUCGUCACGGCGUGCGUGCUGUACCUGCUCACCAACGUGGCGUACUUCUCGGUCGUUCCGCUGGACGAGAUCAAGCAUGGCGGCGAGCUCGUCGCCGCUCUGUUUUUCGAGAGAGUAUUCGGUCAAAAUCUAGGGAGGCAUCUUCUGCCCCUGGCCGUGGCUGUCUCGGCAGCAGGCAAUGUCAUGGUCGUCACUUUUGCUCUGGCGCGCCUCAAUCAGGAGAUUGCACGCCAGGGUAUCAUUCCCUUUGGCGAGGCGCUCUCAUCUUCCCGUCCCUUCGGAUCGCCGCUUGGUGGUCUGAUCUUGCACUAUAUCCCAUCUGUCAUCGUCAUAAGCAUCCCCUACAAGGACAUUUAUUCGUUCAUCCUAGAGGUCGAAGGCUACCCAGGCCAAUUCUUCUCACUUGCCAUCGCCGUCGGUUUGAUUCGCCUGCGCUGGACUCGCCCGGACCUGAAGCGUCCGUACAAGGCCUUUCUGCCCGCUGCUUGGUUCUCCGCGGCCCUGUCCAUUGCCCUCUUAUGUGCGCCAUUUAUUCCCUACAACGGAGAGAGCUGGGGAGCGCAUCUGUCCAGGGUUAGUUAUGCGUUGGUGGGCAUCUCGGUCCUCGCAUUCGGCGUCAUGUAUUGGACAGUGGUGACUAUUCUUCUGCCGUGGUGGGGGAAUUAUCGGCUCGAGGAGCGUGCUGACAUCCUGCCGGACGGGACGACCAUCACUAAGCUGGUUCACGUUCCCAUGGUAUAGAUACAGAUCACCGUUCUUGUUGACGGUGGGCAAAUUAGAACCGCGGUCUUUAUUAUUUGGCGUUGGGGGAUGCUGCAGCACUUCAGUUUGGAACCUGCCAACUGCACGAUGAAGACCUAGAGGGAGCAAACAAUCCGCCAAUGCUCCUCACGUCGGGAAGAGAUCUG